CUCGGGCUAAGUCUAGUCCUCCCAAUCCGUGCUCGGCGCAGGCAAUUCAAACUGACAGCGUGUUAGAAAAAGCGGAGAAAGCGGAAGAAAGUGCAGAGCCCGGUGUGUUCGGUGACUGACUCCAGCGCGGACUGAUCCUCGGCGGCGGCCUCUCCCCGGCCGCAUUCGACACCCCUGCUCGCUCCGGAGCGGCCACUGUGGGAGAGACCUUCAGGGUGGCAAGUGCUCGAGCUGAGGGAGCGAGGACGCCGAGAGCCGUGGGAGCAAGGGAGGGGUCCCGCGGCCGAGCCAGGAGAAGGGACGCGGGACAGGACCGGAGCGGCGUGGAAGGAAAGGGCUGAGGGGCCUGGAACCCUGCGAGGAGGCCUUGGAGCUCUCUGCGGGCGGGACUCGCGCUGGGAGUCGUCCGCGCGGCGAGGCUUUAAAGGGAAGCGCCCGCCCGCCGGGAACCGGGAAUCGCUGGAUUCGGGGGCGGCUGCCGAAGAGCAAAGGACCUUUGGAGACCACAGAAAGUGAAAGCCGGUUUAAAGUUUCCCUUCUACCCUACUUGUCUCUCCCCACCUCCAAUUCCAUUCCCUUCUUCCCUCCCCGCUAAGUCAAAAGGAACUAAAGUUUGCUCUUCCCACCCAAUAAAUACUAAUUUUACUUUUCCAUCAGGAAAACAGAACUGUCUUCCUGAUUUUAGAGCUUUAGAGAACUCAAAGCCCCCCCGACUUGGUUGUUAGCCUCGGGGAAUCAAAGUUCGGUUUCCCCCUUUUUCAAAUUUCUGUACCUCGUUCUACGUGGGACGCUAUGUCUACCAACAGCUGCACUUUCAAGGACCGUUGCGUGUCCAUCCUGUGUUGCAAAUUCUGUAAACAGGUGCUCAGCUCUAGGGGGAUGAAGGCUGUGUUGCUGGCCAACACUGACAUAGACCUUUACUCUACAGACAUCCCUCCUACCGACACUGUGGAUUUCAUUGGAAGAUGCUAUUUCACUGGAAUCUGCAGCUGCAAACUGAAGGACAUCGCAUGUUUAAAAUGUGGGAACAUUGUAGGCUAUCAUGUGAUUGUUCCAUGUAGUUCCUGCCUUCUUUCCUGCAACAAUGGACACUUCUGGAUGUUUCACAGCCAGGCGGUUUAUGGUGUUAACAGACUAGACUCCACUGGUGUAAACUUCCUACUCUGGGGCAACUUGCCAGAGACAGAAGAAUGUACAGAUGAAGAUGUGUUAGAAAUUUCAGCAGAAGAGUAUAUCCGAUGAAUGAAUUAUGAUUAUGUGUAAUGUUUUAUAGUUUUUCUAUUUAAA